AAAAAAAAAAAGAUAAUAAGAAAAAGUUAGUGCGGAGGCGUCGGCCAUUGUCCAAUGAGCUGAAGUAAAGACUAAAGAGAGUGGGAGAAGAGUCGAGCUCGAAACCCAGAAAAAUAAUGGCGCCUUCUCUGCAGUUGUUCCAUCCUCCGAAGCCCCUCACGCACUUCAAUCGCUUCUCAUCCACCUCCUCAAGGCCUGUUUCCGUAAGGUGUUCUGCAGCCGCCGCUCCUCCUUCCAAACGCUCCUACACCAUCACCCUCCUCCCCGGCGACGGCAUCGGCACCGAAGUCAUUUCCGUCGCAAAAGACGUUCUUGUCCUCGCCGGCUCCUUCGAAGGUAUCCUCCCCAUUUCCCUUUUCCCAACUUCAUCCACUCUUUUACUCUUCAUGAUCACAUACGAGUUCCGAGAGAUGCUUCUGGGUGGCGCUGCAUUGGACGCCACCGGAGUCCCCAUGCCCGAGGAGACCCUUUCUGUUUCGAAGCAAUCCGAUGCUGUUCUUCUUGGUGCCAUUGGAGGCUAUAAAUGGGAUAAAAACGAGAAACAUCUGAAGCCAGAGACUGGGUUGCUUCAGCUCCGGUCUGGCCUUCAAGUUUUUGCAAAUCUCAGACCAGCCACUGUCUUCCCACAGUUGGUGGAUGCUUCAACCCUUAAGAAAGAGGUUGCCGAAGGUGUUGAUCUCAUUGUUGUGAGGGAACUCACUGGCGGUAUAUAUUUUGGAAAACCCAGGGGCUUUGGGACCAAUGAAAAUGGCCAGGAGACUGGAUUUAACACUGAGAUUUACUCUGCUCAUGAGAUUGAUCGGAUAGCUCGUCUGGCAUUUGAGAUUGCUCGGAAGCGGCGUGGAAAACUUUGUUCUGUUGACAAAGCCAAUGUAUUAGAGGCAUCAAUGCUCUGGAGGAAAAUAGUUACAGAACUAGCACUGGAAUAUCCUGAUGUCGAACUCACACACAUGUAUGUUGAUAAUGCCGCAAUGCAACUGGUUCGCUACCCAAAGCAGUUUGACACAGUUUUAACAAACAACAUAUUUGGCGAUAUAUUAUCGGAUGAGGCUUCAAUGAUUACUGGAAGCAUUGGGAUGCUUCCUUCUGCUAGCAUUGGUGCUUCGGGACCUGGACUUUUUGAACCUAUACAUGGUUCUGCACCUGAUAUUGCUGGACAGGACAAGGCAAACCCAUUUGCUACUGUUCUUAGUGCUGCUAUGCUUUUGAAAUAUGGCCUUAGAGAAGAAAGGGCUGCUGAAAGAAUAGAGAAAGCAGUUCUGGACACUUUGAACAGGGGAUUUCGAACUGCGGACAUAUAUUCUGCUGGAACAAAGCUGGUUGGAUGCAAACAAGUUGGUGAAGAGAUACUGAAGUCAGUUGAAUCACACAUUCCUGUUGCUGCAGUUUGAUAUGUAGACCAGACCAGUUCAUUUCAGUACCUGCUUUGGCUCGGAGAUCUCUAUUUUCUGGUGGGUGAUAAAUGACUUUCAAAGCCGAAAGAAUUUGCCUAUUCCAGAGUUUUGGCUUUCUCCUACAUUAUAUGUUUUGGUUUCAUAUCCUACCCAUCGUAUAUGUGCUUUAUCGUUGAAAAGUGGCAAUUUUCCUUUUUCUUUACCCAGGAUUAUGAUUAGUCGUUGGAAACUGCUUGUAACGGUGAAAUAACUAGCGGUAUUUUAUUUUCUUUUUUGAAAUCCGAGGCUUCAUUUACUUGUAACAAUUACAAGCACAAUAUGCGAAAGUUAAAAGUAUCUUAUUUCUUAAA